ACACUGCAACUUUCAGAAUUUUAAAAAAAAAUUAGAAAAGAAGAGACCUCUCUCUCAUUAUCUUUUUCUUCUUGGGUUUAGGGUUCCAACAAGUUAAGCUUUUUCAGAAAGGCAAAACACACAAAAUCUCUGAACCAGUUCCGAGCUCAACAUUUUGUCAUCUUCACUGUAUUUCUCAACAAGCCAAGCUUCUUCUCUGUUUCUCUCACGUAAAGCAUUUGAACAACUCAUGGCUCCACCCUCUCAGAACAUUCCACUUCCUAGUCUCACCUCCACUGAUGAAUCCAAACUUGACUUAAAGGCUCUGUCUUUGAGUGUUUCCUUCCAUGGGUGGAGAGAGGCGAACUCAGCUUUCAAGUCAUGGGCUAUAAAAAUGUCAUCUUUACACAGACCCACAUGGAGAAAAGCUGGUAUCUUCGAAGCAGUCAUGGCAUCUACCAAAGGACUCAACAAAGACACAGAUCUCCUUCUGGGUAUCGCUGAGAGAUGGUGUCCCGACACCAACACCUUCCUCUUCCCUUGGGGUGAAGCAACCAUCACACUUGAAGACGUUAUGGUACUUCUAGGCUUCUCUGUUUUGGGCUCACCGUAUUUUACUCCUCUGGAUAGCUCGGGAGAGGAGAUUCUGAGGACACUGGAGGAAGAAUGGGUCAAGAUUAGGAAAGGUAGUUCAGCCCAUUUGGUAACUAAACUCCAAUGGAUGGGAAGAUUCAUGGGCACUAGGGGUGAGCUUGAGCAUGCGGCUUUCCUUGGGUUGUGGCUAAGCUACUUUGUGUUACCAACAAGGUAUUGCCAUGUUGACCAAGCUGUUUUGUCCAUAGCUAUUCAUCUCUCUAGAGGUACUAGGAUUGCUCUUGCUCCUCCUGUUCUUGCUCACCUGUAUGCUGACUUGAGUCUCUUGAAAGAGCACAUCAUAGGUUUCAAGACAGUGAUGUUAAACGACAAAGUUGAGCUGAGUGCCUUGUUUAAGUUGGUUCAAGUUUGGACAUGGGAGAGGUUCAGGGAGCUACGUCCCAACAACACUAAUCCGUUGCGGCAAGGUGAGCCAAGGUUGGCUCUUUGGGAUGAAGCGAAACCAAGGAAAACAAAGAGGCAUGUGAGGAUGAGAAGAAAGAGAAAUGUGAGGGAGAUACUGGCAAACUCGAAGAUGGAGAGUUUUGAGUGGCGUCCUUACACAAAAGCUGUGAGGAACUGGAACUUUCCUAAGUUUUACCCUGAGAAAGCAAUGUCUGUUCCUAUUGGUCCUGAUCUUGAUGAGGAGUUCAUCUCCUUUGCUAGAUGCAUCAAGGUGUCUGAGCUUGUGGGAAAGGAUAGUGUGGAAUGCUACUUUCCCAACCGAGUGGCUUCACAGUUUGGAUUGCUUUAGGAUGUUCCUUGUCCUGUUAACCAAAGCAACCUCUUCAAAGAGGCAGCUUGGGAUGAGUACAACAAGCCUAUUGAUGGAUUGAGAUUGUUCGUCCCUUCUCGUUCUGCAUUAUCUUAUUUUACUUCAGUGUACUGUGAGUGGUGGAGGAAGGGUAAGCGAGCUGUUGAACUAGCUGAAUCAUUAGGUGAUGAUGAUACAUCUAAGCCUGUUCCUUCUGGUUCUAAGAAGUCAUUGAAGCGAGUUAGUAAGGAGGAUGAGUGUCAAAUGGAUCGUUAUAAGACACAGGUUCCACCAAGAAACAUCAGAAGAGGUGAUGAUGAUGCAUCUGAGCCUGUUGCUUCUGGUGCUAAGAAGUCAAUGAAGCGAGUUUGUACGGAGGAUGAGACUCAAAUGGAUCGUUAUAAGACACAGGUUCCGCCAAGAAACAUCAGAAGAGGUGAUGAUGAUGCAUCUGAGCCUGUUGCUUCUGGUGCUAAGAAGUCAAUGAAGCGAGUUUGUACGGAGGAUGAGACUCAAAUGGAUCGUUAUAAGACACAGGUUCCGCCAAGAAACAUCAGAAGAGGUGAUGAUGAUGCAUCUGAGCCUGUUUCUUCUGGUUCUAAGAAGUCAUUUAAGCGAGUUAGUAAGGAGGAUGAGACUCAAAAGGAUCAUUAUAAGACACAUGUUCCACAAAGAAACAUCAGAAGAGGUGAUGAUGAUACAUCUAAGCCUGUUUCUUCUGGUUCUAAGAAGUCAUUGAAGCGAGUUUAUAAAGACGAUGAGACACAGGUUCCAUCAGAGAAAGAUGAGAAAGAUGAUGGCUUAAGCAUUGGUCAAGCAAUGAGAUUGAGAAGGAAGAAGACAGCUAUGCGCCCAUCUGAUGAAAACCACUCCUUAGAUCCUCCUCCUACGGUACUGCCAUCAAGAGAAGUGGGUCAAAAGCUGAGAAAAGAGUUUUCUGAAAAACUCAAAAGGUCUAGAGAUCUUAGAACACCGACAAAUGUGAGAUCCAAGAUAGUAGAAUCUGGUGGAUCAGCGUCAAGAGAAGUGCCAAAUACUGAGUUGUUUCAGAAGGAGGAAGUAGUGAAGAGGAAGAGUGAGCAUUUGGGAGACAAGCGAGCUCGUAACAUUACCACAGCUGAGAUGGUCAUAGACAGAGAGAAAGGUGUAAGAGAUGCUUCUGAAUCACUUGGGAAAAGAAACAGUGGAAGACUUGAGAGAGAGAACAAUGAUUCAUGGAUCCGUCAAAAGAUUGAUACUAAAGAUGAAACUGUAGCACAACAAGAAGAGACGGGGAACAAAGCAGGGAAGAAUACGGUUCUGAGCUCAGCUAACGGUAACAACUCCUCAGAUCCUCCUCUUGGUGCUAAUGGAGGAAUAGUUGACACUGUUCUGUCACGACCAGAGACAAGACAAAAGUGUGAUGAUGAGGUUGGCGUAAUUGGAAUCAACACUGAGAAAAAGAAGGCUAUAGUCGCUGGUGGAAGCAAGGAUGAAAAGUGUGUGCUCCAUGAAGAUGGACAAAACCUGAGAUCCAGUGAGGAGGAAGAUGAUGGUAAAAGUUUGAAGCAUACAAACCUUGCAAUAGAUGAGAUAUCAUUGAGCCUAGAGGCACGUAUGAUGAAGGUUGAGAAGACUUUGGCAAAGAUCAGAGAAUGGAAAACCAUAGAAACAAACCAGGCCAAGAAUGGAAUAUAUGCUUAGGAUCUCAGGCAAACAAUGUCACAUGUUCUCAACUUUUAUGGUGUUUUGUAUAAUGUUUAGGAACUUUCUUAUUAGAGGCAAAUCUUUAUGACUUUUGGUGUGUUUUGAUUUAAGUAUGUGUUUGGAAGAUCUCUCA